AUGGAACAGAACAGCCGGGCCACCCAGUUGGCCGAGUUGAUUGAGCAACAACCACGAGCACGUUUCAAGGGAGGACAGCAUUUGUGCGCUUCUUUGCAAUUCGAUCACUUGCUCACUGGCAAUCGGCUGCUCCAGCCGGAGGAGGUUGUGCAGGCUCCGGAAGUGUACCUGACUUGGGAAUUUGGGACCCGGCUGAGCAAGCUCUCUGUCAGCAAGUUCAAGAACAAACCUGAUUGGGAGCCGGAGGAAGGAGUGGACGACCCUGACACCAAUGCGGAGACCAUCCGAUUGGACCUGGACCAGCUGGCCAAUGACUCAAGGAUCGAGGAUGAUGAGCUCCCGGCGGAUGUCGGCCACAUUGAUCGAGGUGCUUGGCAACACUAUCAAGCUCCCCUGUCCAGCCCGAAGGCCCCGAUCAAUGGCGCCGCGGCGCGACACCAGAGGUUGAUCGGACAGCAGUCUGGACGAACCUUGGCGGAGUGGGCUUUGGGAGGGGAGGCCAAGCGCCACUUUGACUAUGUGCACAACACCGUCGUCCAGAAAGUUGACUUGAACAGGCCAGGAUUUGCGCAUGCGCCAACCCUUCUGCCAUUAGUAGCCCGCGGAGGUGCAAAGGGGGACGAUUUUGGACACUGUUCGAAAAGAUCCAACGUGUCGGAGCUCGGCGAGCUCGGCGUGCUCUUUCAGGCUGCAUCCCGGCAAGUUGAGGGUGGAGUGGAUGAAUGGCUACAAAAGUGGUGCACUGAAGAGGUCUUAUCUGCAUUCUUGCAGGCAUCUUCCAAGGACUCAGCAGUGGCUUCCCUUUCAACCGCCCUGUGCUGGCGGAAGAAGCACCGAUCCGUCCUCACAGGGGCGAGGGUGCCUUCCUGGCAGGGCGACAUGAGAGUGGUUGCACGUGGCGAGUCAGGUCAUCCUGUGAUCUUCAUGUCAAUGCAGCAUCAGCCUCCAGCCUCUAGCAGCGCCUGCAUAAUAGAACACAUGGCUGUUGUCCUGGAAGCUGCCUGCACAUCGACAAGUUGCGGAGCUUGGGGCUUCGAUGUGGUCUGUGAUUGUCGUGGCUUUCAGCUCUCGAAGAAUUUGGACCCGCGGCCAGCGGUCGCGGCGAUGGAGAUGCUGAAGCAUGCCUACCGCGGACGGCUCCGUCACGCCUUUCUAGUGGGUGCUCCCUCGGCCUUCAAUGCCUUGUGGCGAAUGGUCAAGGGGUUGCUGCCAAAGCGGACCCAGGAGAAAAUCCAGUUCAUCUCUGUCAAGGAGGCGACUUGCGCGCUGGAGAAGUGCUGCGGCAACGGAGCGAGCGUUGUUUUGCAGCUGCUGUAUGAUUCCAAGGACAAAGCAUCAUGGAAGCUUCCCAGUGAGCUGGCCGAGUGA